AUGUUGAUGGGGCAAAGUCAGUUUUUUUUUGAUGUUAUAUCUGAAUGGAUUUUUCAAGAAAAACUUAUUCGUUUUGUUAAUUUAAAAUCAAUUAUUCUUAGUCGAUAUUAUCUAACGGAAACAUUAAUUAACAAUUUAUCUUUACUUGUUCAAUAUCAAUUGGAUGAACUAAUAUUGAAAAUUGAUAAAGAUACUUUUGAAAUGUUUUACUAUACACAGAAAUCUUGGAUAAAUAAUCUUAAAGAAGUUCGCAAAUUUACAACAAUAUGCAAUCACUUUAUACGUCAACUUUUUUCUUCUAAAUGUCAAUUAACUUCGCUUCAACUUGAUAUUUCUAAAGAUAACUCUGUUUUUCAAAUCCAUAAUUGUCUUUCAUCAUCUUCUGACAUUAUUUCAAAUCCAAUCGACAAUCAACUUGUUACUAAAUGUAUGACUCUUCGUCGUUUACACGUUCAUCUUUUUUUUGGUUCUUUUAUUGAACAUAUUAUUGAGCAUGUACCCAAUCUUGAAAUUCUCUCAGUUAUAUUCAGAGAUUCAUUGGCUAGUGAAUUUGUACAUCAGAUGAAGAUUGAAAAGUUUACGUCAACUGUUAUCAGUUGAUUAUAUCCAUUAAUUCGAAAAUAUCAUUUUUUUAUAGGACAAGAAAAAUUUGUUACUGAAUCUGAAUAUACCAUCUUUUUACAAUCAUCAUUGAAUGUGUUACAAUCGAAACUGACCGAUAUUCAUCUUCAAUAUGUUACAAGACUUGAUUUUGGAUCUCACUUUCGUCGUAAUUCUGAAUAUAAUCAGAAUUCUAUUGAUCAAAAUAUAUUACGAGCAAAAAUACUUGCUUACAUAAUUUCAAUGCCAAUUCAAUUGAUAUAUCUUCGAAUCGAACAAUUUGAAUGGCUUUUACAUAUUGUUGAAUAUACAUCUGAUCAACUUAGAAAAAAUGCAUUGAGUACAAUUCGAUAUGCUGAAUUUUGUCUUCCCAACUGUCAUAGAGGUUCAAAUGAAUCGAUUCGUAUUGGAAAAAAUCUUGUAUCAUUUCUUGGUAAUUAUAUUCCAUAUUUGCAAACAUUACGUCUUUGGCGACCAGACGAUUUUCCUUGGACAUCAAUUCGACCAGAAUUUCGAGCAGGAUAUCGUGGUCAAGUUUUGAUUGAUAAAUGGAUAAGAUCUUUAACAACAUCUCAAUCAAUUGUUGAACAUGUUACCCUAUUUGAAUAUGAUCUUUCUCAAUUAAUUCAAAAAUUAAAACAAUUUACCUUCCUUGAUAUUUAUGGUCAAAUUGAUCAUCAAAAAAUUGAACCUUAUCGUUCUAUGAUUCAAAGACGCUUUCCUAAUAGUCGAGUUGAGAUUCAAAUAACAAGAUGUCGUCUUUGGUUUUGA